UGUACCCCUCCGAUCAUGAGCGGGUGUCAUAGGUGCAGAUGUACUACAGGUGAAUAUCCUGCUGACGUAUAUGUGCAGGAGUGGUGUGAGGAAGCAAAGUACAAAAUGAGCAUAUAAACUGCUGUCACGUAAGCAUCAUCCCCCAGGUUCUUAACAGGUAAACCAAAGUAGUCCUAAGUCAUUUGACCAAACCUCUGGGGCCAUUCAUUGACCUCCAUGGGAGCCAUAAUAGCAGCCGAAUCAGCUGUCCACCACCUUUUCCAGACUGAUGUGACCUGGCAGAAGAGGACAAAUCAAGGAACCCUGAUGAAGCAAAAAAAAGACUAAGCAGAAAUCCAGGUUUUAUGAAUAUAAAGGUUCUUCCAUAUAAGUUCAAUAAUUCUGCUUGCUGUUAGUGAAUAGAGAUAUUCAAUAUUUAAAAUCUCCGGAUGAAAACCUGUCCUUAAGAUGUGCUCUCAGGCAGAUGCAUGGCCUAUUCCUGUCUAUGAGUGAGCAGGAUGCAGAUAAAUGGAUGAUGGAGAGAUGAAGCCAUGGACUUAUGGAUGUAUUGGCAAAUGGAUGGAGCGAGCAAAGGGUGAACAAUGACUUUUGCAGAUGACAAGUUGGAGAAGUAUCUGCAAAAUAAUCUGAGGUGUCUAGAAAACAUAGCACUUGAUGAGCUGUUACCACAUCUGACCCCCUGCCUCACCCUGGCUACUGUGGAGAAGCUGAAAGCCCAUUUCAAAAAUGAGGGCAUCAGGAAAUCGGUGAUGACCUUCUAUCUAGAUCUGAUCAGAGGUGAUGACUGGCCGAAACAUUUUAUCAAUGCUCUCAAAGCGUGCAAACAUGAAAAGCUGGCGAAAGAGUUCGAGGAGGUCUAUGCUUCGUAUCAGCUGCCAACUAACCAGUCUGGUCCUCUAUCACUCCCUGCAUCACUGAGUCAACACAACCAUCAACCAACUCCGGAAAGUCCACAGCGUAGCUCCAGCCUCCCAGGACAGAUGCCGUCAACAUCCCUUGACACGCAGCCAGGUCCUUUACCAGAACCUUCCCAAAGGUUCAACCCGAUCCAACCUGAGCAGCAGAUGACGCAAAGAUCGCCAUCCCUACAUAACCAUGAGUUUAGAAGCCUUCCUCCAUUCCCACAAGACCCUCCUGCUCCGCCCAGAAACCCACUUUCCCACAAUGUUUCAGAACCAGUACGCUCCGACGGUAGAACAGUAGAUGAUACGUCCAGAAAUCCAGUCCCAGAAACAACUCCAUACCAGACUACACUCCUUGAAUUUGAGGCUUUACAGAAGGAUGAGUCUUCCAUCUCAGAAAAUCCACAUAUUGGGUCGGAUCUUUUACCUAGUCAUAAGCUGUCACCAAACUUAAAAGAGCCACUACCAGGGGUGUCCAUCAAACCGUCCCUCUCAGGAUGUAUCUCCGAUAAAGAUUCCAGAGGCUCAAACAAACCUGUCUUAUGGUCCUUCUUCAAGCAGUGAUGGAGGGGGUGACAUUGGGAGAGGUCAACCUGAGCACAAUAAGACACAGAAGCUACCAGAGCAAGUUCCUGCCUAUAUUACUGUUAAGUCUAUACAGAAGGAACAUGGGGAGACUGAGAACAAAGAGCAGUCUGAACACCCACGAGGCAUCAAACCUUCAGGAACGCCCUGUGUCAUCUUCACGCGUUCACUCGGUGAGGGAGAAGGUUGUACAGGGCAAUGGACGUCCAGCAUUCCAGGCAGUGGACAAUGUUCCAGACAGGCAUCCAGCAAGCUACCGUCCUGUAAACAGAGAAACUGUCCAAGGGGAACCGAGCAGGACAUGGCAAGCAGAUCAAUGGGCUUCUUCAGGUCCAUCUUGCAGACCGCUGGACAGAAAUAAUGAAGAGGAGUAUUUAAGCAAACCAGGAGCUCUGGUGUCUACUGAUGACCUUUCAUCUGCAAACUCUAGUGUAAUUUCCCAUCCUCAUGACUUACAAAUAAGUAACUAUACAGAGAUGAACGAAUCAAGUAACUCUACUGGUCGGUCUUCUUCUCCAUCCAUCACGCAGAAGAAAGUCCCACUUGCGAGCACUCCAAACAACAUGUCGCUAAAACACAGUGCUGAGGAGGAUGACUUCAUGUUUGACUCGAGGUCUAGUCCAGGACGUAACAGAUUUGAUCAUUUCUCAUCAAAGCAGCCAGAGGAGAACAGCUUUGGAAGUAGUGAUGUCCGCCGCUAUAGCCUUCAUUUUAACGAAAGACCAGAAGAAAACCUCAUGGGAAGCAAUGAUGACGCUUUGAGGAAUAGACCAAGAAAGAGUCCAAAUACCAGUGAGCCAAAUGAUCAGAAUACGCAGAAAAAAACUAGCAAAACGGCAGAAGGAAGGGAUCGUGAAAGAACCGUCUUGGUUACAAUCACUGUUGCUUCAGUUUGCCUUUCUUUAUACCUCUUAUGGAAAAUUCAACAAAAGUAGAUGCUUCAGAUUUAAAGGGCCACUAAAGUACAAAGAAGCUGCUAACUGCACUGACACAUACACUAUAUGAACAGAAGGGUUGGGACACAACUCAGUUGUUGAAUUCAGGUGUUUCAUUCAGUCCCAUUGGCACAGGUGUAUAAAAUCCAGCCCCUAGCCAUGCACUCGUCUUUACAAACAUUUAUGAAAGAAUGUCUCAUUCUGAAGAGCUCACCGAAUCCCAGCGUGGUCCUGUAAUAGGAUGCCACCACAACAAGUCAGUUCCUGAAAUUUCCUCUCUCCUAGGUAGGCAUUGUUGGGUAUGUUUGGUGUGGGAGAACUUGACUGGCUGCACAGAGCCCUGACCUCAACCCCAUCCAACAUCGUUGGAAUGAACAAGAAUGGAGAUGGUGAUCUAAGCAAAAUCAUAUAAUAUCAGUGUCUGACCUCAUAAAUGUUCUUCUCGAUGAAUGGGCAAAUAUUUCCAAAGACACACUCCGAAAUCUUGUAGAAAAACCAGAAGAGUGGAAGCUGGUUUAGCUGCCAAGGGGAACGCAACUUCAUAUUAGUGCCUAAGAUUUACAAAGGGAUGUCAUAAAACCUCCGGUAGGUGGAAUGUGUAGGUGUCCAAACAUUUUUGUCCAUAUAGUGUAUGUAGGUUAAAGGGGUUCUGCAGUUCUUUUAAACUGAUGACCUAUCCUCUGGAUAGAUCAUCAGC